CUAUUUCAAGGCGCCAGAAUACUGACGAGACCAUAAACAGAGUGGGCGUUUAACUCAGGAUGUACCGGCCGCAUGACUUAAUGAUGCAUGUCAUGUUUACAGCUUGAUCUGAUCUCUUAUCGAUUCAUCUCUUGGAGUCGCUUUCAUACCUUCUGAACGUCUUAUUACUCCCGGGACCUCCCUCGUCAUACACAGACCUGGUAUCUGUUAUCCUUCAAGUUAUUCAUCGCCAGCACCGUAUACUACCGAGAAAAACCAAAUUAUAUCGACCCUGCGGAACAAGAGUGAAUUCGGUCGACGAGAUGUCGUUAUCUCAGCCAGGUUCUCCCACUACCCCUGUUAUGGUCCGCGCGCGCACACUCCCAGGCGGCUUAUUAAAGUGCCCUGAAUGCGGAUAUGCGCUGCUACAGAAAACCAUUCCCCCCACUCUCCCUUCAUCGCGAUUCGAGGAGCUCUCGUCGUGCAAUGACGCCCCUCUGGACUCAGAACAUACAGCGCUUGAAACAGUUGUCCGAGAAGGCGAAGCCAACCUGUCUUCUCUUCCCCGGCGCAUCGCUGCAGCCCGAGAAACGCUUCAAAUUCUCCUUAAAGAACAGACCCGCACCGUAAAGCGUAUCACAGAUGCCAAAGUUCUCCUUAAUCCCGUUCGCCGACUACCAGCGGAUGUGCUGAUCGACAUAUUCACCGAGUGUCUGCUGGAGGAUAUGGAUUCUCUUGAUGCUAAAAGUGCGCUGUGGGUACUCUCUCAGGUCUGUGCAUUUUGGAGACAGACUGCAUUGGCAUCGACGGCAUUAUGGGCACAUAUUCAUUUGAAAAUGGACCUCUACAUGAAUCACACAAAGUGUGUAUUCCGCUUUGGGACAGUAUUGCAUAGAACGGGAAUGCACCCCCUCAAGGUCAACAUCAAGGGUCGUCAAGACUUCUCACAACACCCUGUCUUUGCGAUGAUCCUACCCACAUCGGUGCGAUGGAUAUUUCUGAAGGUCAUCGCACCUCUCCGUUGUUUCCGUUUGUUCAACAGCAUAUCACACCAGCUGCCUCUCUUGGAGAUCUUGUCUAUUAAUGUACCGAGCGCCCAUCGGUCAGAUAUGAAGCUUGAAUCGAAUUUUGUCGUUCACGGCUUUUGCGAAACCCCCCGCCUCCGAGAGUUAAGACUCACGCAAAGAUUGUCAUCGGACAUGUCUUUCUUUCCGCGCUUGUUUGCUUUACCACUGGAAACGAUAUCACGGUUAGAGCUUGUUUCGACAGUCCCCGAUGUGGUAUCUCUCCUCCAAUCUAACAGAGCGAAACAUCUGAUAACUUUUUUUAUCGAUUUGGUCAAUUCUGAGCGUCGUGCGCUAUCACAGCAAAUCGAAAUUCCGGUGAUCAGGCAUGCUCGUCUUCAGAAUCUUGCCCUCACCAAUUCCGCCACCGAACUUCUGACCCGGCUCCACCUCCCGGCUCUUCAGAGACUGGUACUUGGCCUUUCUAAAAGAGUUACCCUCCCCACUAUAUCUGAACAUACAGCACCCGCUUUGAUAGAGCUGACGAUAAGCACUAAAGAAUCCGUCGAUGGACGCGCAUUGGUCAAUAUGCUGCAGUGGACCCCAAAUCUGACGUCAUUGAUCGCUAAAACCAUCUUAUUGACCGAUACCUUCUUCAUCGCCCUUGGAAGAUCCAGAGACGGCGUUUUCGAGUUGGUUCCGCGCCUGAAACUGAUUUCCUUCCAAGGCACUCGGUUCGUGCACCACGGUCAGGCUAUUACUGAUAUGAUUGAAGCCCGACGUACCAUUGCACCGGACGGAGGACAAUCAGCAUUGAAGGAAGUCCGUUUGGAAUACAACCUCGGAGACUCCGAGCGUUGGGAGAAUCUACGCAAGGGUGGACUCAAAGUAAGUUAUGGAGCCCGAGUAUAGAAAACCGGACCAGAAUCCCAUCAGUACAGUUGUCUUUCUACUUCUACUUCUUUUCAUUCUUUUGUUUUUCUUGCGACAACGAAAAUAUUCUGGUAUCUACACCCAUGUUAUAUGUUUUUAGGUCUUAUAAAAAUGAUUCACGUCAA